AUGACCAUCUCCUUGCUUCAAUUUGCUGGAAGCUUAGCCUUAAUACGAUACGAUUCUCAAGGCAAUUGCAUCAUCAUUAGCAGGGAUAUUUAUGGGCGACAAAGUCUCCUCUUUGGCCGUUCAAGCAAUGGAUUUGUUUUGUCACUUUGCAAACAGGAGAAUGCCGAUGUUAAAGAAUGGUUUGAUGUCCCACAUGGCUCUGUAACAAUUGUUCCUCUCAAGAAAGAGGCGAGCGCUCAAUUUUUUACAGUAUUCGACAAAGGAGAUUUGCCUGAAGAUAUUGAGCUUGUACAACAGACAUGGAUCAAAGGCUUAGGUAGAAAUGUUUCUGUAAUACGACGUCCAGACAUUGGCCAACCUUUCAUGAAGGUUAACAGAGAUUCAAAGAAUGAGGCACUGGACCGGACGGUGUUUUCCUCUUUGUUACUAAAAUACCUAUGCGACGCUAUAAAAACAUGUCUUGAUCAAAGAUUGGAAACUCUUGCUGUUUGCUUUUCUGGGGGGAUCGACAGUUUACUUGUUGCCUACAUUGCUGAUAUGGUUGCAGAAAGUGAUGUGCAAAUCGAUCUCAUAGCCGUGGCUUUUGGUCUAUCAGAAACAGAAUGCGAUAAAACUCCAGACAGAAUCCGGGGAAGAGCUGGCUUUGAGGAAUUGAAGAGAGAGCGGCCGCUUCGUCGAUGGAAUUUCAUACGGUGUAAUGUCUCUCCAAAAGAAGUCGAAGAAAAUCGGGAAAGAAUUUCGAGGAUUGUUCAACCCUGUCAAACAAUUCUCGACGAAUCACUUGGAUCGGUGCUUUGGUUCGCGUUACGUGGCGCUGGAAUUGAUAUUGAUGGGAAAAGUACAAGGACUUCGGCAACUUAUUUUAUGGUUGGCAGUGGCGCUGAUGAACUUUGUGCUGGUUACUCGAGACAUAGGCAUCGAUUUGAGAAAGACGGCGCGAUGGGUUUGGCUGAUGAGUUGGAAGCAGAAUUGAUCCGCUAUGGAACACGAAAUGGGUCUCGAGAUGCACGGGUGGCAAUCGAUCAUCAACGAAUCAUUAUUGCACCGUUUUUUGACGGGAAUACAGCCGCAUUUUGUAACCGAUCUCCACUGGAUGUCAAGUGUGAUUUGGAUAAACCAAGAGGAAUCGGCGAGAAAGCUAUUAUUAGAGAGGCACUGAAAUCCCUUGGUUCUUCUCUUUCUUCAUGGCCUAAACAAGCUAUGCAAUUUGGAUCAAAGUUUGCUCAAAUGCAAAAGAAUAUGAUGGCAAUUUCGGGAAAAGACAUUAAGGGAAGCGACAUGGCACAAAGUCUACGAGCUGUUUCGACAAACAAACCGGAUUCGCUGGAUGAUACU